UAGCCUUGGUUUGCUAAGCCUCAUGUUUUGAUGUUAACAAACAAUAUAAGAGCUUGACGUUUGUUUAAGUGUUUCAGGUACAACAAGAAUCCAUUAAGAUUCGGUUCUCAAAAAUGAAGUCGAAACACUAAACUAGCGUAGAAUUUAGGUAGAAACCGAUCCGGUUCAGUAAGAGAUUCUAACUUCAACACGCGCACGCCUUUCUCCUGCAGGGUUAGGUAGCAAUGGCUUAUACGAACAAGGGAGACGUUCUAAUGCUUGAGGCGCCGCCUGAGGCUAGGCCGGCCUGGUCCAGCGGCUCAGAGCUAAUUGACGCUUUGCCGUACAUCGACGACGACUAUGGUGAUCCGAAGGUCAAAGCAGAGGUGGACCGUUUGGUCGAUGAAGAGAUGCGCCGCAGCACAAGAAAGCCCUCAGAUUUUCUCAAGGACCUCCCUCCUCUUCCCAAGUUCAAAUUCGAGAACCAUCCAAUGCUUGCAAGGGAAUAUGAAAGGGUGAGAGCCGGGAAGCCUCCUGUGCAAAUUGACACUUCAAGAUAUGGACUUGAAGAGCCCCAGGGAAACAAAAGGAAUGAUGAAUCUACGUGGAAACAAGCUCUCCAGAAGGCUCAGAGCUUGUUGCAGCAUCAAGUCAUUAGGCUGGAAAAUCUAGAUCUGAUGUUAAAUCACAGCCCUGAUGCAUGGAAGCUAUACAACCAAGGACUGGAGGCUUUUUUAGCCAGAAUGCAGUCGGAAGCCGUUAAGUUAAAUGAAAAGAUCGAAAGUGUAAAUCGAGAAAGGAAAUAUCAUCAGCAAAAUACUGCCUAUGAGCUGAAUGCUUUGUCCACACAAUGGAAUGAACUGUGUUUGAAAAAUCAAGAAAUUCAAGCUGCAUGCUUUGACGUUGAAAAUCAGAUCAAUGAAAUGAAAAAGGAAUCUAUGGAAAGAGGCUGGGAUGAGGAAGGUAAAACCGGAAAUUGCUCAUUGUUGGCCGCAGAAAAGAUGGUACUGUCUAGCUGAGAGCAUAGAAGAUCUGCAACCGGCCUUCAUUUUAGUUUGUGCAUCACGGAUUUCUCUGAAGUCGCCCUUGUUAUUUAUGCUUGCAAGGUUGAAGAUCGCUGAAAGCAUUUAUCUGUUGACAUUUGACAGAUAAUUCCUAUUUUGGAAAGAUUAUCGUCCAUUUUACUCCCUUUCCCCUCUCCUAUGGUUUAAACUAUCGCCAUAACAACUGCCGAGAUUAAGUUGAAUAUGCAUUUGUAAAAUUAAGGAGAUGAACGUUUCGUUCCGUUCUAUUAACGAUGUAAAGAAAAGUACACCCUCUAAUGAAAACAUGAGUUGAUG